GACAGCUUUGGGGCUGUAACGCGCGCGUUAAAUUGAUUUUCCAAUUGUGUAUUACUCAUUUGGGGAUGACCAUACGCUGGUUGAAGCCACAAGCUUGCUCGUUCUUACUGCAUCUCUAUCCAUCUACAGAUUGGCUGUUCAUGAGAUAGCAGCCCCGAAACCCAAGGACAAAUAUUUGACGAAUGGGUAAUACACUACAAAAGCACAAGAAAUCUGAAGCAGAAGAUAAAUUUACUUGUGAAAUUUGUUUGGAAUCACAUCUUCCGGCUGAUAAGAAAUUCAAGAGCAACUCCAACGACAAGCAAAACAAAGAAUGAGAAUGUGCAUCAGAACAUCACUUUUGCAUCUAUUGUAUUGCAAAGCAUAUUGAAGUAAAAGUUUUCCAUAAUGACCACGGUAGAUCCUUAAUCAAAUGCCCAAAAUUCAAGUGUGACGUAGACUUGGAGAUUCAAUCUUGUCGUUCCAUUGUCUCGACAGAAGCUUUUGUUAGAUGGUGUGACUUGCUCUGUGAAUCUGAAAUUCUAGCUAAGUUUGGUCGUCACGGUAAACGAGUUUACUGCCCUGGUUGCUCUGAGGUUAUUCUAAGUGAAUGUGGUGAUGAUGAUAUUACAAGAACGACCUGUCCAAGUUGCGAGAAACUCUUCUGUUUUCGAUGUAUGAUUCCAUUGAUGGACAAAAAAGGUUCAUACAUGCUGCAACAGAAACGACCUUCUCUUCCUAGAUACAGUUGCACGAAAAGGGUGGACUAGAUGUCCAUCUUGCAAACAAUCUGUAGAGCGCACCUUUGGUUGUAAUUAUAUACAAUGCAGAUGCGGGAACGAAUUUUGCUAUCAGUGUGGGUUGGAGUAGCGGUCCCAGUACUCCACGAAUCAUACUAACUGCUAUCCACAUAUACUUCAGAAUCAGUCGAGGGAGGAGGAGCUGGAUCCUUUUAUGUUAAGGGUGUACUCUAUCUUCAUUGGAUUAUCUAUGAUGUCUAUAUUGGGGAACAGCGAGUUUAUGAACAAUACAAACUUAUACAGUAUCCUCCCAGCUAGAUUAGAGUGUGGAAGAACUUUUGUGGUUAGGCCAAAAGGAAAACACCUGGCUACUGUAGUUUGGCUACACGAGCUAAAUCAGAAUGGUUUCAGGGAAAUCAAAAGAUGACACUUGUGAUAUUUAAUUUCGGAUUUUGUAGCUCGUAUCAUCUGCUGGAAGAGCUGCCAAUUCGAAAUAUCAAGUGGAUCUGUCCAACAGCGCCUCGUCGGGGAGUAUCAAUACAUAAUGGAUUUCCUAGCACUGCUUGGUUUAAUAUGUUGAACUUUGCGGAGGAUGCUCGUAUUGAUAUGGACUGUUUAGACGCAGCAGCAAUACAUGUUUCAAACCUAUUUUCCACAGAACCCACUGAGAUCAAACUUGGUGUUGGGGGAUUUGGUAUGGGUGUUGCAAUUGCCCUGUACUCUGCUGCCUGUGCUGUUGAAGGAAAACUUACAAAUGGAAGACCAUACCCUGGUAAUAUAUCUGCUGCCGUUGGUCUAACUGGGUGGCUUCCAAUGGUCAGGUUCUUGAUGGACAAAAUAAUAGGGUCUCAGGAGGCUGUUGCACGUGCGCAAUCCUUGCCGCUUUUGCUCUGCCAUGGCAAAGAUGAUUUUUUUGUUCCUUAUGAGCGCGGAGCCAUUUCCUCUGAGAUCUUCCGUUCUCCACUAUUCCAAAAACUCACUUCAAGAACCUAUGAUAGACUUGGACACGCAACAAAUACUGAAGAAAUGAAUGAGGUCUGCAAUUGGUUAACAACAAACUUGGCACUUGAUGGAUCUGACUAGUAUACGAUUUUCUUUUGAUUUAAGAAAGUUUACUCUAGUCCAUAAAGUUGCAAUUCAUUGCAGUGCUUAAAGGUGAUCUCUGAUCAAUGUGUAUAAAUGUUAAGCUAGGUUUUCUUUUUUUUUUUAUCCGCAUUUUUUUAAUAGAAUAGGCCUACCAGUGGUAAGCAAGAAAGUUGCAAGAAUAAUCAUCAGCAACCUAAUAUUGAAGAGAAAAGAAAAUCCCACACCAACAGGGGGCACCCCAAAGCUAUGAGAACAGUUAAGUUAUAAAAGAACUAUCCCAAUUAGAUAGGAUAUCAUCAUGCUAUAUCAUCGUGCUUCAAAAAAAAAAAAAAAAAAAAAAAA